UUCUUCGGUGUCGAGCUCCAGAACUCAUAACGGCUAUAGCAUGCAUGCACAUCGCCAGCAGCAGCGAGGAGCGUACAUUUUUCAUCUAGAAGAGAUUUUGUAAAAUGCACGUUAAACCUACCACCCAACGAAGAGUAAGUGGACCCGGAGCAUUUGGAACAUUCACCGACCAAUGCAGUGCUAGCAGAGAAAACUUGUACAGCAGUGAUCAACAACAACUACAACAACAGCAGCAGCAGCAACAUCAACUUAACCGACAACAACAGCAGAAACAUCAACGCCAAGCGCCGCAACACCACUCGCAACAACACUUACUGCGCCAGUCGUUGAUCAACCUCAGUGGUGCUCAGAACUCGACGAGCACUCCGCCGCUUUAUAGCAGUCAUUCGGAUAAUAACAGUUAUUGCAGCGCCAAUACAAGCGUUGAGCCGGACACGCACGAUCCCCACGGUUCCCUUUACAAUAGUCCCAAACGUUCGCCCUCGCGUUCCUCAUCGUCGCGUUACCACAGUCCGGCAAUCGUUGCCGCCUCCGGCGGUCUUGGCGGCAGUGCUAGUGGUGGUGGUAAACUCCACAAAUCGAUAUCGUGCAGUUGUGAAUCUUUGAAAUGCUCAUCGUCGUCGGUGGUAGGUGGUGGUCUUGAGACUUUGUCACCGUCCUCCUUGGGGGUCAGUAGUGGUGGUGGUAGUGGUGUUUGUGACGCGAACAACACCCAAAAAUCGUUAAAUCGAAAUUAUCGAGGCGAUAACAACGAAUUCGUACUCACACCAUCGGCGGGUGAUGGUGAGGGCCCCUUCCUUGCAGCAUACGGUACAGAAUCGGGUCUACGCCUUUCCAAGCAAACUUCAUACGACAGCGGCGGUGGUGGUGGUCAUUCGCCCCAAUAUCUGUCCUUAGCCGAUAGUCGGCAAAAUCGCCAGGGCGGCCAUCAACAGCAGCAGCAGCAACAGCAUCAUCAGUACCUAGAGAGCACCAGUCCCACGAGUCGCCUAUCGUAUAGUCCCAAUAGCAAAAGUAGUAGCUUAGCUAUAGCUGAUGCCGAUUAUCAAGAUUCGCAGAAUCACAGUGAUUUUACACAACUAGUGGUUCACAAUUUUAGCAAUUCGGAUCCAAUCCAGUCAAGAGACGACGCCAGCCACUGUGCGUCCCUGUUGAAGAGCCACUACAGUGACUGCAACAUCUACUCGAAAAACGAAUUUGACGCCAGCCUACAGCCGGACAAGCAGCAGUUGGUGAACAAGGCCUACAUCUUCAAGUGCAUUGGCAAUAGUCCCUCGUUCCUUAAGACCAAUAAGAUCAAGGAUCAGUCGCGUAAGCUGCGAAAUCUCUCGCUAAAGACCAAUCCCUCGGGCAAAAAGAAAUCACAGAUAUUGUCCAAGUCCAACGCGGUCUCGGACAACUCCCUGCAUCCGGGCGAUAAGUAUUUGAAUCUCUAUUUGGUGGAGAAGAAACAGGCGCAGUUGCAACAACAACAACAGCAGCAGCAGCAACAGCAACAACUAUCGGCCAGCGGUGGUGGUAACAACAAUUCAGCAACAACUUCACCGUCAGUGGCUUCCGGACACCAAGUGUCGUCGCGUCACAGUGCUCCGUACAUAGUAAACGGCGCUGUGAAGUCGUCAUAUCCCACAUAUCGUUCCUCAAUUAAAAGUGAAACAGCCGUAAGUGCCGCUAUACAAGCCGCCGCCGCCGCAGCAGCAGCAGCCUCCGCCAGCAGUAGCGAUCAUUAUCAGAGAGCCUCGUCGCCCUCCUCAUUGCAAACGCAAACGCCGUCGCAGCAGCAGCAGCCACAAACGCAUCAGCAAGCCUUCAUUGGCGGCAGUGUCAAUUAUCUCUCCUCGUCAGCCGCCUCCUCCUCCUCCACGAGCAAUAGGCCGCCUAAAACAGCCAAAAUUAAUAACAAAGGCUGCAAUCUGGUCAACAACGGCAACAAACUCAGCGUCAGCACAAAUUCGUGCAAUCGUCUACAUGCCGGUUCGCCACAUGCAAUAUCACCGAAAAGCUCUCUAUCGAGUAACGGCCAUCUCAACAAGUAUUGUCUGACCGACAUAAGUCGCCGCAAGACCGAAUUCAAUCGUCAGCUCAGCGCCCCGACUGAUUACACGCACCACUCAUCGACCAGCAACGGUGGUGGUGUCGGUGGUUCCCAUCAUUCCCAGCAGGAGGUACAACACGUUGGAGAAUCCACAUCAACGGUAGCCAGUGCCGGCUUCAAAUCAACCACAUCGUCGGCCAAUCAACAACAGUUACCACACCAACAGCAGCAGCAGCAACAACAAUCGCUGCAACAUCAACAACAGCAAUCGCAACAGCCACACCAUCAACAUCUCUACCAUCAGCAUCAAUUUCAUCCGCAUCCGCAUCAGCAUCUGUUGCAGCAUCAGCAUCAUCACUACCAACACAGUCAACAGCAUUUACACCAGCAACAAUUGCCGCCGCAUCAUACAGCGUCAACAACAACAGUAUUAACGAAACCAACAUCGAACUCGUGCACGAACAGUUUUAACCGGCGCCACAUCAAGCGACAGAAAAAUACCAAAUUAAAUGAAAGACUCUUACGUCGUGAUAGCGAAGAUUCCUCUGUUCGAUGCUCGUACUGUUCUGUACUAAAUGUCAACGAGAACGAUUUAAGGAGAUCCUUUGAAAACACCUGCACCGACUCAUUGGUAACAGCUUUUGAUGAUGAGGCUUUACUAAUAUGCGACCAAGGAAACGAAAUGGUUCACUUUGAUGACGUAUCGUUGUAUGGGACUCCGAAAGAGGAGCCAAUGCCUUCCAUCCCCAUUGUUUCGGAAAAAGUUUCAGCGAAUUUCUUAAAAAGUCAAUUGCAAUCAUGGUUUCAACCGACCGACAAUCGGUUGGCUAUGAAAUUAUUUGGCAGCCGCAAGGCUUUGGUCAAAGAAAGAAUACGUCAGAAGACUUCCGGACAUUGGGUUAUUCACCCAUGCAGUUCAUUCAGGUUUUAUUGGGACCUUUGUAUGCUUUUAUUAUUAGUAGCAAAUCUUAUUAUCCUGCCAGUCGCAAUAUCAUUCUUCAACGAUGAUCUAAGCACAAGAUGGAUUGCCUUUAACUGCCUAAGUGAUACUAUUUUUUUAAUAGAUAUUGUAGUCAAUUUUAGAACAGGAAUUAUGCAACAAGACAACGCUGAACAGGUUAUAUUGGAUCCCAAGCUUAUAGCCAAACAUUAUUUAAGGACAUGGUUUUUUCUUGAUUUAAUAUCAUCGAUACCAUUGGAUUAUAUAUUUUUGAUUUUUAAUCAGAUUAUGAAACUGCAGGACUUCUCCGAUUCUUUUCAAAUUUUACAUGCCGGUCGUGCCCUACGAAUAUUACGCUUAGCUAAACUUUUAUCAUUGGUGAGAUUGUUACGUUUGUCGCGUUUGGUGCGUUACGUAUCACAAUGGGAGGAGGUGUAUAUUCUGCAGAAUCUACAGAAAAAAAGUGCUGAUCGAAGAGGGAGAAUGCACAGAAAAGACAAAGAUGGCAUAACUAAAAGCAACCUAAUUUUAAAGUUUCUGAAUAUGGCUUCGGUCUUUAUGAGAAUUUUCAAUUUGAUAUGUAUGAUGUUGUUAAUCGGUCAUUGGAGUGGUUGUUUACAAUUUUUAGUGCCAAUGUUACAAGGUUUUCCCUCGAACUCAUGGGUAUCGAUAAAUGAAUUACAGGAGUCAUAUUGGCUGGAACAAUAUUCAUGGGCUUUGUUUAAAGCCAUGUCACAUAUGCUAUGCAUAGGUUACGGCAGAUUUCCGCCCCAAUCGCUAACCGAUAUGUGGUUAACAAUGUUAUCUAUGAUAUCGGGUGCUACAUGUUAUGCUCUGUUCCUGGGUCAUGCUACGAAUCUCAUCCAGAGUUUAGAUUCGAGUAGGCGUCAAUAUCGUGAAAAGGUCAAACAAGUCGAAGAGUAUAUGGCAUAUCGUAAGCUACCACGCGAUAUGCGUCAACGAAUCACAGAAUAUUUCGAACAUCGUUAUCAGGGUAAAUUCUUCGAUGAAGAGUGUAUUCUAGGCGAAUUGAGCGAAAAACUAAGAGAGGAUGUUAUCAAUUACAAUUGUAGAUCUCUCGUUGCGUCAGUGCCUUUUUUUGCAAAUGCUGACUCCAAUUUCGUUUCCGAUGUCGUUACAAAACUAAAAUACGAAGUAUUUCAACCAGGUGAUAUUAUUAUAAAGGAAGGUACUAUUGGUACAAAGAUGUAUUUUAUACAAGAAGGAGUGGUGGAUAUUGUAAUGGCAAAUGGAGAGGUGGCGACAUCAUUAUCCGAUGGCUCAUACUUUGGAGAGAUUUGUCUGCUAACGAAUGCCCGGCGUGUGGCCAGUGUGCGAGCCGAAACUUAUUGUAAUCUCUUCUCCCUUAGUGUGGAUCACUUCAAUUGUGUGCUAGACCAAUAUCCACUAAUGCGUAAGACAAUGGAAACGGUGGCAGCGGAGCGUCUCAAUAAGAUUGGCAAAAACCCGAAUAUAAUGCAACAGAAGGAUGAACAAUUAAGCAAUCCAGAAUCAAAUCAAAUUACAGCAGUGGUGAAUGCUUUGGCGGCGGAAGCCGAUGAUUGUAAAGAUGACGACAUAGAUGCCAAAGAGAAUUUAUUACAUGGGUCCAUGUCAAGCAUAACGGAGCCCAUACAGACCAUACGUGAAGGCUUACCCCGUCCUAGAAGUGGUGAAUUUCGUGCUUUAUUCGAAGGCAAUACUCCAUGACACUGAGAAAAGCUUUCGUCGGCCUCCACACCCACGCUACAAUUGCAUCAUUAUCACAAGCAAUUGUUGGCUAUCAGUAGUUGUGGUGUGCGCAGAGCUACACUGUGAAAAAAUUCCAAUAUUCGCACACCAUCUUCUCUCACCAACUAUACUAAUUUUGACAUUUAUUUUCAAUUCAACAUUCAUUGCGCGAUCAUUAUUUUAGGAUAAAAAAAACCCACAACAACUACUCAACAACAAAAAAAAACACAAAACAACAUCAUUAGCCAUCAUCAGCCGCAGCAGCAAAAAAGCAUUAGUGAAACCAACAACAAAACUAAAACAAAACGCAGCAAAAAGUAACAAAAAAAAAACAUGUUUAUAUUAAAAAAAAACAAAAACAAAGCCUCAUUAGCUACUAAGCAGCCUGAAAAGAAAACCUAUUAACAACUACAACAGAAAAUCUAUCAAAAAAAUAAUUAAAAAAAAAAACUACUAAAAACAAAAAAAUGGGGAAAUUAUAGCCAUUGACUGAGGGGGAUUUUUGCAAUCCCAGUAGGAAUUUAUUUUCCCUAAAAAAUUGGAAAAAUUCUCAAAAAAGGUAAAAAUUUAAAAUUCAAAAAUAGCAAAUUUAGAGAUAAAUUUAAAAUUUAACAUUUUAAAUCUUGCCCCCAACAAUGUUCAAAAUUAAAAAAAAAAUUAAAAACUGCUGAAGAAUUUAUGACUAAAUUCUAAAAACAGCCCUUUUUGGACCCAGAAAAUUUCUUCUGAAAUAUUUGGAAAAUUUACCCCAGUUCACCAAAAUAUACCCCAAAACUAAUUUAGCCCAAAUUAGAAAAAGUUUAUAUUUUGUAGAGACACAAAAUGUUCUUAAAAUCAUAAUUGGAAAUUUUAUUAAAAAAGACUAAAAAAGCCAACGAUAGAAAAAUUUUAAAACUUUAUUUUAGCCCACGAAGGUAUUUUUAUGACCUACAUCACCACUGUUUUAUAGGAUAAUCGGUUGCAACGGCGAGUAACCUAACCUAAUCAACCGAGAACUGAUCCAUUUCCAGGGUGACCACUGAGCAGUAUGCAUCCCCUUUCACCACCUUUGCCGUAAUCGCUUUCUUGGCUGUUUUCCCAAAAGCGUUAAAGCGUCGCUAGUGGACCUUACUCUGCGAUAGCUGUAAUCUAACACUCCAUGCAGAAAAUGGUGUUCAAACCCCUAACGACUCGAAAUAGCCUUUUUGCAGGAAUUUAAGACAACUCCCAUUCCCAAAAUGUUGGAUUAAAAGUUUAAUUCCUUGUUACUUUUUAGUUUUUAGACCGAUGACUUGUUUAGGUGUAUGUCUGUAGUGGCAUGGGGCAGAUUAAUAUCUGCACCCUCUUUUUAACCUAACCUAACCUCAUUCCUUGUCCAGCUAAACACCCAACAUUGUUUUGUGCUUUCAGAAAACGAAACUCCCUUUCCUCCCAAGGAAACAGAUACUGGUAGUAUCUGUUUCCGCGGGUGAUUCUUAUAAAACCUGCUUUGAAGUACGUGGAAGUUUGAGCCUUUCCGAAAUCACCAUAUCGUCAUCAUAGGGAAAAAGAUAUGGAUACAAAAUUAAAAAUGGUGAAAAAUUCGAUAAAAAAAUCGAAAAAUUAAAAAUGGUAAAAAAGUCGAUAAAAAAUCUAAAAAAUAAAUGUGGGGCAAAAUUCUAUAAAAAAUCUUAAAAAAUGAAAAAUGGUGAAAAUUCGAUAAAAAAUGGAAAGAAAAUUAAAAACGGCGGAAAAAUCGAUAAAAAAAUGGAAAAAAAAAUUAAAAAUGGUGAAAUAUUCGAUAGAAACUACAAAUUUAUAAAAAGGAUAGGAAAAAUCGAUAGACCAAUGACAAUUGCUGUAAUCGACAAUGAUGAAUAUGUUGAUUUUUUAAGGCUGCUCUAUUUAAAUAGAUUUCCAGGGCACUGCAGAACUGGAUAGUUAUCGAUAUCAAGCGAAACCACCCGAUAACUUGUGGGUAUUUUGAAUAGUACUAAAAUAAAACAGGACAGUUAAAUGAUUUUUAAAGUUGCUUAACAAAACUAAUCGAUAAGUUUUUUAUUUAAUUAAAGAAAAUUAAUACGAAAGAAAUCGAAAAAAUUAAAUAUGGCAAACAAUCGAUAAAAAAUGGAAAAUUUGAUAGACAAAAUUAAGUUAAUAUUCCCACAAUAACGGCGUGUCCUUUCAAAGGCUUUAAUUUUUCGUUUUUAAGGCUUGCGGACCUAGGCAUUUUCUUUUCGAUUGCAUUUUAAAAAAACCAAUGAAAACUGCUGUUAUCGAUAACAAUGAAUAUGUUGCUUUGUUUAUGCUAUAUCUGCCCUAUCUUAUUGUAUUGUAGUUCUAUACAUUUAAAGUCAAAUUUACUAGAUAGAUUUCAAGGGCAAAGUUGUACUCCAUAGUUAUCGAUAUCAUGCGAUAACACUCCAUAACUAUUGAGUAUUUUGAAAAGUACUAAAGUAAAACAGGACAAUUAUGGGAUUUUUAAAAGUUACUUGACAAAACUAAUCGAUAAUUUUUUUUAUGGAAAACAGUUAAUACGAAAGAAAUCGAAAAAAUUAAAAAAGGCAAAACAAUCGAUAAAAAGGUCGUUAAUUCGAAAGACAAGACUAAGUUGAGGUAACCAUAUUAACGGGGUUUCCCUUCUAAAGCUCUAAUUUUUCGGUUUUAUCCCUGUGGACCAAGGCAUUUCUUUUCUGAUAGCAUUUUAAAGGAGCUUUGACAAACUCUGCAAACGAUAACUAAGAAUGUGAUGAAUUGUUUAUCCCAUAUCUGUUAUCUUAUUGCAGUUCUAUACAUUGAAAGUCAAAUAGAUUUCAAGGGCAAAGCUGUACUCCAUAAUUAUCGAUAUCAUGCGAUAACAAUCGAUAACUUGUGGGUAUUUUGAAUAGUACCGAAAUAAAACAGGAUAAUUAAAGGACUUUUAAAAGUUACUUGACAAUACUAAUCGAUUAGUUUUUUUUAACGAAAGUAAGUUAGUACGAAAGAAAUCGAAAGAAUUAAAAAUGGCAAAAUAAUCGAUAAAUAAUCGCAAAUUCGAAUGACAAGACUAAGUUUAUAUGACCACAUUAACAGGGUUUCCUUUCUAAAGCUUUAAUUAUUCGUUUCUAUCCUUGCGGACCAAUAUCUUUUUAAAAGAGCAUUGACAAACUCUGUAAUCGAUAACAAUGAAUGUGUUGAUUUGUUUAUCCCAUAUUUGUUCUAUCUUUUUGAAGUUCUAUACAUUGAAAGUCAAAUGUACUAGACAGAUUUCCAGGGCAAAACUGUAUUGGAAAGUUAUCGAUAUCAUGCGAUAACACCCGAUAACUUGUGAGUGUUUUGAAUAGUUCUACAAUAAAACAGGGCAAUUGAAGGAUUUCAAUAACAAAAAUUCAUCGAUAAGGAUUUUAAGGAUAAAAAAUGUUUUUGAAGUUAAAAAUUUAAACGAUAAUAAUAUUUAAAUUGGACAAAACAGUUGAAUUUUGAGCUGUUCAGCCAUCUCAUAGAGAUGCAGUCAGAAGGCUAUACAACUUUUUUGAGAGCCACCCUAUAGCUGUCUAACACAAAAAUUUCUUUCAUAUUUAAAAAUAAAAAUUAACUCGUACUGUUGAGAGUUUUGCAGAAAAUGCCAUCGAACUCUUUUUUUAUUAUUCAAUGAAAAAUUAUUUAAAACUUCCCCUCCAGUCUAAGGUUACAAUUUCCCCUAAAUAAGCAUUAACAAGCGUAUAGAAUAACUUAACACCAAAACAAUUCUAGUGGUUGCAUUAUAAAACAACAACAAAAAAAUACAUUUUAUGUUCGUCAAAAUGCAAAAAGCAAAAUAUCCACAAUCAAAAAAUUUGAAAAAUAUCCUUAAGCCUUUCCCAAACAAAAACAAAACAAAAAAAAACAAUAGACAAACGAAAUAGAGAUUUUUAAGACCCAUAGAAAUCCCAAAUUUAAGUUAAUUUUUCAAAAACCAAACUCUUAUAACCGAAAGAAAAUCGCAAUCAAUGUCCCUACUAACAAGCCCACAGCAACUCUCCCCGACAAACAAAAUAGGCAUUGAUUUGAAGCGGUUGCCUGAAAAAUGGCCAGUUAAUCAUUAUAGGAGCUAGGCUAGGCAAGGGUUAAGACUUUAAACCAUUCGCUCAAAAACUCAAAACUGAAUAUCUGGUCAAGUUUCAGCUGACACCAAGGCAACAACAACAAGGUCCUCAAAUAAUUUAAUAACAAACAAAAAAUAUUUUUCAGCUCCGCAAACUGUGAUGACUUAAGUAUAAGAAAAACCAAAAAAAAAAAAAAUUAAGAAAAAACGAACAUUAUUACAAGAAAAGAAAAACAAAAAAAAACAAAUGAAAAAAAAUCAACAAACACUCAUACUGAAGACAAAAAAACCAUGACAAAAGAAAGAUGAUCAUGAAGAUGAUGAAAGGCAUCAAACUAAAAACUGAGCAAAUUAAAUAACUAAAUUAUAUAGAGAUAAAGUCACAUGACAGUCAUUCACAACAACAAAAGCAAAUCACUAAAAGGUCCCUUACCCUAGCCCCCAGUCCUUAAGCUGACCUACAAAUCCCGCCAAUAUCCCCACAAAACUAAAAACAACAGUUAAAUUAUUGAACAGCAGUUGUCAUCUUUGUUUUUUGUUUUUAAUUUUUCUUAAAUAGGAAUGAAUUUUAUUAAUUUAAUUUGUUGUUUCUUUUGUAGGAUUAAAUCUAAGUUGUAAUUAGUAAUUCUUUAAUUAUUACAAUAAUAAUGUAAUUAUUUAUAUAUAAUUAUGAUUAAAAAGCAAACAAACUUAGUAGAAAACCAAAAUUAAUACAAAAUACAAGACAAAAAACAAGAAAGAAAAAACACAGCAUAAGAAAAAUUAGUAAACCAUAUAUUAUUAAUAGCGAAUUUUUAGAACGAUUACCGACAUUUUUAGAACAGGUAGAUUGAAUCUUUUUUCGAAAUUUUCUCUAAUUUUCAUAUAUACGCGUGCAUACAAAUUAACAGAAAUAGAAUGAAACACCUUAAUUGACUCUUUGUUUAUAAAGAGUAGUCUACUCAUUUGAAUUAGAGUUCCUUAGCCUCAUUUCAAUAGAACUAAAAAAACGAAUUUAACAAAAACUUUCCUUAGCUCUAUCUUAAAUUUCUCUCUCUCGUUCUCUCAUUUUCAAUUACACCUUUCCCUUUUAUUAAUUUUAUGUACUAUUUAAUUAAAUAUUUUAUGUUUUUAGCAACUAUUUUUAAAAAUAAAACUAAUACGUAAUAAAAAAAAUGAUUUUAGUUUAAAAGCUAAUUCCCUUGAAAUACAUUAUUUUAAAUAAUUUAUCUUUAUUAGUAUAUGACUUGCAAACCAACCCAUAAAUUUUGGGCCACCAUUUUAGAUUUUAUCAUGUUUUGUAUGGAGAUUCUGCUUUAAAUCGGAAAUAUUUCAUAUUACGGAUCUUAAAGAAAUUUUGAACGAAUUUUUAAUUCCAUUGCAAAUUUUAAAAAUUGCGAUAAAUUUUGAAAAUUGCGAUAAAUUUGAAAAUUUCGAUAAAUUUUGAAAAUUGCGAUAUAUUUUGAAAAUUUCGAUAAAUUUCGAAAAUUGCAAUAAAUUUUGAAAACUUCGAUAAAUUUUGAAAAUUGCGAUAAAUUUUUGAAAAUUGCGAUAAAUUUUGAAAUUGUCGAUAAAUUUUUAAAAUGUCGAUAGAUUUUGAAAUUUCAAUAAAUUUUGAAAAUUUUGAAAAUUUCGAUUAAUUUUUAAUAUUUCGAUAAUAUUCAAAAUUUCGAUAAAUUUUUAAUAUUUCAAUAAAUUUUCAAUAAUUUUGAAAAUUUCGAUAAAUUUUGAAAAUUUCUAAAAAUUUCUAAAAAUUUUGAAAAUUUCUACAAAUUUUGAAAAUUUCUACAAAUUUUGAAAAUUUCUACAAAUUUUGAAAAUUUCUACAAAUUUAAAAAAUUUCGAUAAAAUUUUAAAUUUCAAUAAAUUUUUAAAAUUUUGAUUAAUUUUUAAUAUUUCGAUAAAUUUGAAAAUUUCGAAAAAUUUCCAUAAAUUUUAGAAAUUUUAAUAAAUUUUGAAAAUUUUGAUAAAUUAUGAAAAUUUCAAUUUUCAAUUAUGAAAAUUUCAAUAAAUCUAUAAAAUUUUGAUAAAUUUGGAUAAUUUCGAUAAAUUUUGAAUAUUUCGAUUCAUUUUGAAAAUUUUGAUCAAUUUUGAAAAUUUCGAUCUAUUUUGAAAAUUUCGAUAUAUUUAAAAAAUUUCGAUAUAUUUAAAAAAUUUCGAAAAAUUUUGAUAUCAGAAGGGGAGGCGGACCCUCCCCCUUACCCAAUUUUCAAAAACACCACAUCUCGAAGAUGGGUGCACCGAUUAAAGAAAAAUUUCGAAUGCCACCUUAUGGUACCCUAAAAACGCGAAAUUGGUACAAAAUUUCGGAGUCAAAUAACUUGGGGGGACGCCUCAUCCUAAAACCCACCCGAACGGACAUUUGGAUCAAUUUUGAAAAUUUCGAUAAAUUUAAAAAAUUUGGAAAUAUUUUAAAAAUUUCGAUAUAUUUAGAAAUUUUUAAAAAUUUCGAUAAAUUUAGAAAAUUUCGAUAAAUUUGAUAUCAGAAGGGGAGGCGGACCCUCAUCCUCCUCGCUCUAUGGGAAACCUAAUGGCAUUUCUGUAGAAACGUUGGAGUCACUCUAUCCACCAGUUUGGUGAGUCUAAGGUCGUGGCUCUGGAUAUCUCCUUGGCAUUUGAUAGGGUCUGGCACAGUGCACUUUUAUCAAAGCUUGUCGCUAUUGGAGUCGGACAUAACUUCGUUCGAUUUACAUCGAGCUUUUUCUGAGAUCGCACAAUACGAGUUGUUGAAGACGGGUUCUCAUCCGAUGAGUAUAAAUUGACCGUAGGUGUCCCAGAAGGCCCUGUCCUUUCCCCUGCCCUUUUUCUUAUUUUUAUUGAGAAUCUAUUGGGUCAGACUUCGAAUCCAGUCUACCCAUUUGCCGAUGACAGUAGCCUGUAUCAUUCAUAUUCAUUCGAUCAUGGGCCCAGUCCUCAAUAGAUUGUGGACAAUCGUCAAUAUCUAACGACUGUAUAGAUAUUUAGCAGUCAGAUGCUCUUGAUGUUCUGUCAAAACAUGUAUACGAACAGAAAAUUUUUAAAUUUUGGAAAAUUUGAUAGGCUUUGAUUUUGCUUCUAUUUAGAAUAGAAAGCAAAUAGAAAACCUUUUAAAAAAUUUAAGGCAUAUGUGAUGUGUGGUAAUGUGUGCGAUAUCAAAGCUUCUCAUCAGUCCAAUCAUCCCCAAAAAUUUUAAAAAAUUUUGAAAUUUUAGAAAUUUUGUAUUAUUAAAAUUUGCACCCUCCUUCCAACCUAUCGUAACCUAAUUUAAACUGUAGAAUAUUUUGAAAUUUUAGAAAAUUUGGAAUUUUUAGAGAGUUUUAAAAUGUUAAAAAUUUAGAAAUAUUUCAAUAUUUUUCAAGUUAGAAAAUUUUUCAAAUAUAAAAAAAAAUUUUCAUUUUUUAAAAAACUUAAAAUUUUUAUUUUUUAGCAUAAUUUUUAAAAUUUUGAAACUUUAAAAAUGUUGAAAUUUGAAAUUUAAGAACAAUUUUUAAAAUUUAGAAAAAAUUUUAAAAAUUUGAAUAAUUUUUAAAUUAUGAAAAACUUAAAUUCUAAAGUUUUUUAUUUUAGAAAAUUUAAAAAUUGUUAAGUUUUAAAAAAUUGUAAAAUUUUAAAAA